UCCAAACCUCUCCUUCACGCGCGUAAAAGAAAAAUGCUUAUUUAAUUAAUCUGAAGCGUGACUGACUGAAACACAUCACUGACAGGACGCCUCGUCUCACCGCCAUCACGUUUUUAUUUUAAAUCUCGAAAAACAUCCCAGAUUGCCCGAUGCAUCCAUGAUUCUUCCCGGGAAAACAAGCGUCGUUCUCCUGCUGGUCCUCCUUACGGCGCAAGGCUGUUUUGCGUCCAAAGCAGAGGACCGUUUAUUUCGGAGGUUAUUCCGAAGGUACAACCAGUUCAUCCGUCCAGUGGAGAAUGUGUCUGAUCCGGUCACUGUGGAGUUCGAGGUGUCUAUGUCUCAACUGGUCAAAGUGGAUGAGGUGAAUCAAAUAAUGGAAACAAACCUGUGGCUCAGACAUGUUUGGAAUGACUACAAACUAAGAUGGGUACCGGUUGAGUAUGAUGGAAUUGAGUUCAUUCGAGUUCCAUCCAAUAAGAUAUGGAGGCCUGACAUUGUUUUAUACAACAAUGCUGUGGGGGAUUUUCUGGUGGAGGAUAAAACCAAGGCUCUGUUGAAGUUUGAUGGCACCAUUACUUGGGUUCCUCCGGCUAUUUUUAAAUCCUCUUGCCCCAUGGACAUCACCUACUUCCCUUUUGACUACCAGAACUGCUCCAUGAAAUUUGGCUCAUGGACGUAUGACAAGGCCAAGAUUGACUUGGUGCUUAUUGGCUCAAAGGUAAACCUCAAAGACUUCUGGGAAAGCGGAGAAUGGGAGAUCAUUGACGCACCUGGUUAUAAACACGACAUCAAGUAUAACUGCUGCGAGGAGAUCUACCCAGACAUCACCUACUCUUUCUACAUCCGCCGCCUGCCGCUCUUUUACACCAUCAACCUUAUCAUCCCCUGCCUUCUCAUCUCGUUCCUCACCGUGCUGGUUUUCUACCUCCCUUCCGACUGCGGCGAGAAGGUUACCCUGUGCAUUUCUGUCCUGCUCUCUCUCACCGUGUUCCUGCUGGUCAUUACGGAGACCAUCCCCUCCACGUCACUCGUCAUCCCUCUGAUCGGCGAAUACCUCCUCUUCACCAUGAUUUUUGUCACGCUCAGCAUCGUGAUCACCGUAUUUGUGCUGAACGUUCACUACCGCACUCCCAUGACUCACACAAUGCCCGAGUGGGUAAGGUCAGUGUUCCUCGGGGUGCUGCCGAGGGUCAUGUUGAUGAGGCGACCAAUUGACCAAGGCGGCUCGUCUACUGCCAGCAUCACAGCGGGGACGGGCGGAGGAGGGAGCGGCGGAGGGAACAAAAAGAGAAAGAACAGCGUCGGAAGCGGAUCAGGAAGUGUGAGCAUUGGAGGCAUCACAGGGGGCGUGGCGUGCCCACCGCUGGAUGGUGCGGCAAGUGGAGGAGGGGCUUCCUCAGUAGGCGGUUCCAUGAACUGUAUCGAGUAUGGUGAGAUGAACCGCGACAAUAAGCGGGAUAUGAACAGAAGAUGCCCCUACAGAGGCAAGGAGGUUCCGACACCUGUCCCUCCUCCUAAGGUGGCCCCCUCAUCUCAGGGCCCUCAGACCCAAAGACCCCCAGAGUCAGAGCUGCCCAAACUGCCAAGGGCCUUGAACUCCCCCUCUCAAGUGAAUGCUGUUGUAGCGUUCUCAGUCAUUUCGCCUGAGGUCAAGCAGGCCAUUGAGAGCGUGAAGUACAUCGCCGAGAACAUGAGGAUUCGCAACAAAGCCAAAGAGGUGGAAGACGAUUGGAAGUACGUUGCCAUGGUCAUUGACAGGAUCUUCCUGUGGGUAUUUGUGAUGGUGUGUGUUCUGGGAACACUGGGGCUCUUUCUCCAGCCGCUCAUCAGCUUUUUUAAAUGAAAGUCACUCACCGGUCACCACUGUGGGAAAAAUCUUUCCUGCAGGUCUUUCAAGUCACACGUUGGACUGUCGUCUUUCCCUUCUCUUGUUCCUCCCCGGCAAUCGUCAGUCAUCACUUUUCGCCAUCAACUGCACAUCCCUACACUUGACCUACCCAGAAAUCACCCUGUGCCUCACCCCACUGACGUGCACGCAAGCCAUCUUGUGUACUACCCUAUAAGUGUUGGUGAGAAAAUAACAUCUGCUCUCCUGCGCUACUAUUUUGUCCUUAAAUGCCACUACUGCCACCUUGUAUCCUCUUUUUCCAUUUAUUUUAUUUCAAAAUGUUCUCUCAGCUAUUAUGAGACAGUAGUGUUUAAUCAUUGUGGUCAUAAUUGUUGUGUGGGAUUUGACCGCCAAUAUGACAUUUCCAUCUUAAAAGUUGUUAUUCAUCUAUUCCAGAGCUCCAAGACCUUUUAAGAUAUUUAAUCUCAUCUACCGUGAUACUUUGACAUUCAAGUUCAAUUAAUUAUACUCGUAUGUCAUAACAUUCAUUUCGUAACUCAUCUUUUACCAUUGAAAUGAAUGGGAAUGCCAUUUCAGCCUCUCCUUCAAAAAAAACCAACUAGUAUUUGUAAUGUGUUUUUUAUGAUAUUUAAGAUGGCCACUGCGAAAACCUCCACCUCGAUCAAACACAGUUCGAUUUAGGUGUAUAUUUACACAUGUAUAAGGUCAAAAUGUUUUUUUCCCCAAAACAGUGCACAUCAAAUAAAAAUUGAGUAGAGCACAAAUUUUCCUCAGAGCACCAGAAUAGAAGACAGAGUGAUGUCCUAUUUAUAGUUAGCAAUAUAGAGAGACAAUCUACUUUUCAGUAAUUGACAGCAUGAUCAUUCAUAUUUACUAGCUACUGUACUUCUUUCUGACAUCUGGAUCAUGUGAAACACCGCCUGUUGUUUCUUUCUUUUUCAAAAUGUAUUCUUGUAGAAAUGUUUCUCGGAUGAGGUGGGAAAUGCAUGGACUGAACAGGAGACAUGAAAAUGACGAUAAUUGUUUGCCUCUUUGUCACAAUGAGUAGAAAUAUUCCCAGAGAGACAUUUACUACAGACUAUACAGCUUGUGUGUAGAAACAAUGGAAAUGAAACCUGGUGGUAAUUUUCUGUCAGUUUUUUGGAGCUCUAUGUAAAAAGAGAUUAAAGAAGGGAGUAAAGGAAAAUACACAGUAAUAUCAGGAAUCUCUCCUUGAAAACACUGUAUCGACCCCAUUUAGUUUUUCAAGCAUCACAUAGCAUAAACUCGGGGAACUAAGUAACGAGAGAAAAUUAUACUAAACUGCACUCAAGUGAAAGCGUAUGGAAUAAGUCUUGUUUCGCUGCUAAGUCAGUGUUAAAACUGUUUUAUAUUUAAUUUAUUACACUUUUUGAUUAUUCACAGUCUUUUCCACAUUUUAAUUUGUCAUGAAUAUAAUACCCGAGUGGUAGAACUUACGUCGCCUGAAUUAAG